UUCAUAUUUAUGUGUCAAAGCUGGGACAAUCCAAAAAUAGUGAUAUCAAGCGCUUUCUGAAACCACUCAUCGAUCAAGCACCACCAACGAAACGAAGAACAAACGAAUUUCUCCAAAAAGCCCCUACUAUCAGAAAUAAGUUGGUGUAACGGCUCUCUGUCUUCAAUAACUCCUUAAAGAGGAAAAUAUCCUACUCAAACAUAUUAUUUCCAAAUACAAAAACUGCACCUACCCAAAUAAGCGUCACAAUCAUGACUUCGCUCGCAGCAAAGUAUAUCAGUAAAAAGUUUUUGGGGGAAUCUGUUGCAAAUAAAUUCGGAUCAGAGGUACGAUAUUGAAUCAAAUACCUAUCUCGUCAAGAGAUCGUUCAUUGACAAUUUUCCAGGACUUGUACUUCGAAACUGUGCCUGCCUCCCGCUUAGACGGUGUUCCCUCGAAAAAGAAAACCCAGAGGAGAAGAAAGGCGAUACCUGCUGGCAUAUCAGAAAAAGAUGCAAAGAUCCUCACCAAAGUCAAGCGCAGAGCUUAUAGACUAGAUAUGAGUCUCUUCAAUUUUUGCGGAAUUAGAUUCGGAUGGAGUAGUGUGAUCGGUCUCGUUCCUGCGUAAGUUCUCUUCCCCACUCCCAUCACAUUGCCUCACUGACAUAAAAUAGGAUUGGUGACUUUAUCGAUCUAUUCAUGGCGAUGAUGGUUCUUCGAACAUGCAAUAAAGUUGAUGGCGGACUCCCGAACGGUGUCAAAUCCAAGAUGAUGUUCAAUAUCAUGCUCGAUUUUGCUGUUGGUCUUAUACCAUUCGCAGGAGACCUUGUCGAUGCAGUAUUCCGUGCGAAUACCAGAAACGCCCUUGAGCUCGAAAGGCAUUUGCGCGAUAAGGGCGCGAAGAUACUGAAGGCAAAAGGUGAAGGCUUACCUGCCGUUGAUGUUACCGACCCCCAUGAAUUCGAUCUUUACGAUGAGCAACUCUCUGAUGAAGAACCUCCACGAUACACGUCCAGAGAAAAUGAAGAGCCUGUUAGUCCUCGGGAGCCAGGUGGACGUAAUCGCAAUAGCUGGUUCGGUUAUGGAGGUAGAGCAGAGCGAACUAGACAACCUGAUCCUGAGCAAGGUCGUCGUAGCGAUAGAUCACAGCGGACAAGGCAAGCGGAUGUCGAACAAGGUCGCGGCGAUAAAUCACACGCACAAGAGCCCCCACUUCCGGUUCGUCCUAAGAAGGUUCAGAAGAGUGGUAGACGUUGACAAUAAAUAUCGUUGUCAUUUCGAACUUGGAGAAACUUCCAAGGAUUUUCCAUAUUUUAAUGCCGAAGGAAGGGUUAGGAAUGUUUUGAUAUUUAAUGCUGGCACGAUUUUCUUUGUUUGCUUCAGUAAUUGAUGACGCUUGCUUUUCGUAAGUAACGAGGAAGAUGCAUUGCGUAUACGAGGCGAGGGUUUUAGGAUAUAAGAUACCAUAGAUGUAAAAUAAUGAAAAUGAAAAAUCCCUUCAAUGAAAUAAAAACGUGUCA